CAUUUGAGCGUAGAAACCAAUUUUAUUCAGCACGAUAAUGGGUCAGCUACGACCAAGUUUUCGCUAGUUCCAGGGCCUGGAAACCAUUUGCUACGAUACAAGAAUUCGUUUAUAUUGGUCAAGAGAGAACGAUCAGGAAAGUUGUUGGAUAUGACAAAUGGCACGCCUUUUGAAACAGUGACAUUAACGACAUUGUACAGAGAUCGGUAUUUAUUCCAGGAGUUGUUGGACGAAGCAAAGAACAUUGCAUUGAAGGCCAACGAGGGCAAGACAGUUAUCUACACAUCGUGGGGAUCAGAAUGGAGGCCCUUUGGACUACCAAGAAAGAAACGGUUGAUUGAGUCGGUUAUAUUGGACGAGGGAAUCAAGUCCAAGAUCAUUGUGGAUGUCCAGGACUUUUUACGAUCCGGCAAUUGGUACUUUAAAAGAGGCAUACCCUACAGAAGAGGCUACUUGUUGUAUGGACCACCAGGCAGUGGCAAAACAAGCUUCAUCCAGUCGUUGGCGGGAUACUUGGACUACAACAUCUGCAUUCUAAACCUCUCUGAGAACAACUUGACCGACGACAGACUCAACCACUUGAUGAACAACAUACCCGAAAGAAGCUUGCUCUUGCUCGAGGACAUCGACGCAGCAUUCAACAAGCGAUCCCAGACGAGUGAAAAGGGUUUUUCGUCGGGAGUCACUUUCAGUGGGCUCCUCAAUGCCUUGGAUGGUGUAGCCUCUGCUGAAGAGUGUAUCACCUUCAUGACGACAAACCACCCAGAGAAGUUGGACCCAGCGUUGUUGAGGCCAGGGCGCGUUGAUUUCAAGGUCUUGAUCGACAACGCCUCGCCCUAUCAGAUCCAGCAGAUGUUUUUGAAGUUCUACGAAAACGAAACCGAGAAAUGCGAGCUUUUCUUGAAGAGAAUCCAGGAGUUGAACAUCACCAAAAUCAGCACAGCUCAGCUCCAGGGCCUCUUUGUGUACAACAAGAGGGAUCCAGCAAACGCCAUCAAAAUGGUUGCCACUUUGAAACACUCGUUGUAAA